ACUGAGCCAUUUGAACUUGUGCAAAACCAACAUUACUGUAACUGCUAAUUACGAAGGUUCCACAAGUAUCUCCCUAGUAAUACUAUCUCCUCGUGAGAAACUAAGUCACGCAGAGAUAUAAAAGACAUAAUUCAGUUUGUCCAGUAAUAAGACCCACGGACUACUGUAAUUCACCUACUUGUUUCGGUUUAAAGAGAUCCUGGGCCGGCACCUGAUUGUUUGAUUCCUAGUGGCUCUGUUCUAAAGGAUGAAUAAUUAAUUUGCAUUUAGUUUAGCCUGUAUAAGCCAAAUGUUUAAAAUUGUAGGUCUCUUUGUAUAGGAUUCACUAUGUGCAAGCAAGAACAAAACGAGAUCAUGAAUCAAUUAAAUCAAAAUCAAGCGCAGGAAAUCAGUGGGUUCGGAAGUGGUAGCCAAGGCACACUUUAGCAGCCUAUGUGGAUCCUCAGUGAACAUCACGUUGGCGUAAAGUGAAGGAAGAAAGAGUUAUUUAACGGCAAUGGUAGUACCCAGAGAGAGAAAAAAUCAACCGUUGUGCAUUACUAGAUUGCGGGUUUCUGCGCUGCAAAACUUACACUUCGAUUAUUAUAUCGCUCACCUCUACCUCGAUUAGGAGGUUUUAGUAGAUGAGUCAUUGGUAAACCCGUCUAUGGCACAAAUAUACUACUUGUUUUUUUAAGAGAUAAAUAAUAAGAAAAAAAUUAACUGCUGCGAUAGGCAGAAACGGGCGCAGUGCGAUAUGCAUUUGAUCCUCGAAUCUGUGCAUACGACGUCAAAUAGGACUGAAAGCUGCAAACCCAACUGUAGAAUCGAUCCUUACCUUUCCUAGUUGAAACCCAGUUUACUAGCUGUUUUUUAUGAACCCACUUUAUAUUCAACCUAAUAUUGUCCGGUGACAUUUUUCAUUAUUAUUGACAAGAAGCAAAUUCGUGCUUUCCAUUCCUUCGUUAGAACUACUCUCUGCAUUAUCUAUGGAGAACGAAAGCGCCCUCUCUUUUUUGGCUGAACCAGGGAUAGCUAAGUGGCGAAUGAAGCUCCCUAGAUCCCUCGAACGGGUCAGGUUGCCUAAGCCUUGCCCUCGCAGCGCCGCCACUGGCAUCCACCCUCCAGUAUCACAAACGCAGAAAAUGGCCGGCCGCGUGGUUAUUUACGGAGGAAAAGGAGCUCUUGGCUCAGUUUGUACACACAUUUUCAAGAGCAAAAACUUCUGGGUCUGUUCGAUUGAUGGCUCGGUCAAUGACACGGCUAAUGAAAAUAUUGUGGUCGACUUCACAAAAGAUCUUCAGUCUCAGCAUGAACAAAUUAGCUCAGAGCUCACGACGAAGCUCGGAGGAGAAAAACUCGAUGCUGUAAUCUGUGUCGCUGGCGGCUGGGCUGGUGGAAAUGCCACCAAUAAAGAGUUUAUUAAGAACAGUGACCUGAUGCUGAAACAGAGUGUAUGGACAUCGUUGAUCGCAGCGUCGCUGUCAGCAAAACAUCUCAAACAAGGUGGAGUUUGCGCUCUCACCGGGGCACAAGCCAGUCUUAGUGCUACACCUGGCAUGAUUGGCUAUGGAAUGGCUAAGGCGGCCGUUCAUCAUCUCGUAUCAUCGCUUGCUGCGCCAAAAAGCGGCCUUCCCGAUGGAGCGACGUGUGUCGCUAUUUUACCUGUGACUUUAGACACUCCAAUGAACCGUAAAUGGAUGCCGAAGGCGGAUACCUCUACGUGGACUCCGCUGGAGUUCGUUGCAGAUCUGUUUGUCGGCUGGGCCAGCGAUACCGCUAAGCGACCAGCUAGCGGCUCGCUCGUGCAACUUGUUACAAAGGAGGGCAAAACCGAACUUGUCAUUUAAGCUUAUCAUAAUUCGACAACACUGACCGAGCCCCUACUGCCUUAUCCUUUAAUGCAAAUUCUCUAUUUCGGAGGACAGACGCAGAAUGUUUGUUAAAAAUAACCAUUAAGGUGUCAUAUGUAACGUAUAUGCUUGCCACGUGCUAUAACCUGUUGUUGUCAAAAUUAUGUUCACAACAUUCUCGACUAUAAUGAACCAAUAUCUUUGAAUGUUAUUGCUAUGCAUUUAAAUGAUCGAUAGUAUUAUUGCAGCAAUUGUCUAAAUGGAGCACAGCUAUAGAGACAAGAAACACGGCUUUCUCCAAUAAUUUCAAAUAAAUGUUAUUGGAUAAACGUG